AUGCAAUUUCAACUGACCUUUCUUUUGCACCUUGGGUUGCUCAGUUAUGCAAAAGCUGAAGAUAAAUGCAACAGGGGUGCGUGUCAUCCCCCGACCGGCAACCUCCUAGUGGGACGCGGCACGCAGCUCACGGCUUCCUCUACCUGUGGGCUGGAUGGAGCCCAGAAAUACUGCAUCCUCAGCUACCUCGAGGGGGAACAAAAAUGCUUCAUUUGUGACUCCAGAUUUCCAUACGAUCCGCACACCCAUCCCAACAGCCACACCAUUGAGAAUGUGAUUACAAGUUUUGAACCAAAUAGAGAAAAGAAAUGGUGGCAAUCCGAAAACGGUCUUGAUCAUGUCAGCAUCAGAUUGGACCUAGAGGCGUUAUUUCAGUUCAGCCACCUUAUCCUGACCUUUAAGACUUUUCGGCCUGCUGCAAUGUUAGUUGAACGUUCCACAGACUAUGGACACACCUGGAAAGUAUUUAAAUAUUUUGCAAAAGACUGUGCUACUUCCUUUCCCAACAUCACAUCUGGCCAGGCCCAGGGCGUGGGAGACCUUGUUUGUGACUCUAAAUAUUCGGAUAUUGAGCCCUCAACUGGCGGUGAGGUUGUUUUAAAAGCUUUGGAUCCCAGCUUUGAAAUAGGAAACCCGUACAGCCCCUACAUCCAGGACCUUGUUACAUUAACAAACCUGAGGAUAAACUUCACCAAGCUCCACACCCUUGGGGAUACUUUGCUUGGAAGGAGGCACAAUGACUCCCUGGAUAAGUACUACUAUGCUCUCUACGAGAUGGUGGUCCGGGGCAGCUGCUUCUGCAAUGGCCAUGCUAGCGAGUGCGGCCCGAUGCAGGCGGUGCCGGGAGAUGUGUUCAGCCCUCCGGGAAUGGUGCAUGGCCGCUGUGUCUGCCAGCACAAUACAGCUGGCACGAACUGCGAGCGGUGCCGGGACUUCUUCCAGGAUGCGCCUUGGAGGCCAGCCGCGGGCCCCCAGGACAGCAUUUGCAGAGCUUGUAGCUGUAACGGCCACUCUGACCGCUGUCACUUCGACAUGAGCGUGUACCUGGCCAGCGGCGGGGUCAGCGGGGGCGUGUGCGAAGACUGCCAGCACAACACCGAGGGCCAGCACUGCCAUCGCUGCAGACCCCUUUUCUACAGGGACCCCCUCAAGGCCAUCUCGGACCCGUACGCGUGCCUUCCUUGUGAAUGUGACCCAGACGGGACCAUAUCGGGUGGCAUUUGUGAGAGCCACUCUGAUCCUGCCUCGGGAUCUGUGGCUGGCCAGUGCCUGUGUAAGGAGAAUGUGGAAGGAGCCAAGUGCGACCAGUGCAAGCCCCACCACUACGGACUGAGCUCCACUGACCCUCUGGGCUGUCAGCCCUGCAACUGCAGUCCUUUGGGGAGUCUGCCGCUCUCGGCCUGUGAUGUGGACACAGGCCAGUGCCCGUGCCGGCCCUUUGCCACCGGCCCACGCUGUGAGGAGUGCGCUGUUGGAUACUGGGGACUGGGAAGUCAUCUCCAUGGAUGUUCUCCCUGUGACUGUGAUAUUGGAGGUGCUUAUUCUAAUGUGUGUUCUCCCAAGGAUGGGCAGUGUGAAUGCCGCCCUCAUGUCACUGGCCGCAGCUGCACUGAACCGGCCCCCGGCUACUUCUUUGCUUCUUUGAAUUACUACCUGUAUGAGGCCGAGGAAGCCAUGCCCCUCCAAGGACUGGCCCCUUUGGGCUCAGUGACUUUUGGCCGGGUGCCUGCCGUUGACGUUGUUUUCCGAGAGCCAGUUCCCGGGAUGCCUGUUACAUGGACUGGGCCUGGGUUUGCCAGGGUUCUCCCUGGGACUGGCUUAAGAUUUGCUGUCAACAACAUUCCCUCUCCCAUGGACUUCACCGUGGCCAUUCGCUAUGAAACUCAGUCCGCAGCUGACUGGGCUGUCCAGAUUGUGGUUAACCCCCCUGGAGGCAGCGAGCACUGUGCACGCGAGAUCCCACCGCAGAAGCCUCAGUCUUUCGCCUUACCAGCGACCUCGAGAGUCGUGCUGCUUCCCACACCCAUCUGUUUAGAACCAGAUGUACAAUAUUCCAUAGACGUCUAUUUUUCCCAGCCCUUGGAAGGAGGGUCCCACGCUCAUUCACACAUCCUUGUUGAUUCUCUUGGUCUUCUUCCCCAAAUCGAUGCACUGGGGGGUUUCUACAGCAAGCAGGACUUAGAUGGACAUCAGCUGCACUCCUGUGUUGAAAUUGCCUCAGAACCAGGCGCUCAGGUGCUCCCUGGUGCAUGUGAAAGGCUUAUAGUCAGCGUGUCUGCCAGGCUACACGAUGGGGCAGUGGCCUGCCAGUGUCACCCCCAGGGCUCAGUCGGGCCCGGCUGCAGCCCACUCGGAGGCCAGUGCCCGUGUAAGCCUCACGUGGCCGGGCGCCGCUGUGACAGGUGCUCAGCAGGAAGCUACGGUCUGGGGCAGCACGGCUGUCACUUGUGUCACUGCCACCCUCGAGGCUCAACGAGCACUGUGUGUGACCAGAUCACCGGGCAGUGCCCCUGCCAGGAAGAGGUGGCUGGCCGCCGCUGUGACGGGUGCCUGCAGGGCUAUUUUGGAUUUCCCAACUGUCACCCCUGCCUUUGUAAUUCGUUCGCUGAGCUUUGUGAUCCAGAAACAGGAUCAUGCGUCAAUUGUGGGGGGUUUACAACUGGAAGAAACUGUGAAAGAUGCAUCGAUGGUUACUAUGGAAAUCCUUCUUCAGGACAGCCCUGCCGUCCUUGCCCAUGUCCAGAUGUUCCCUCGAGCAAUCAGUACUUUGCCCAUUCCUGUUAUCGGAAUCCUUGGAACUCAGAUGUAAUCUGCAAUUGUACUCAAGGUUAUGCAGGUAAGCAGUGUGAAGAAUGCUCUGCUGGUUUCUAUGGAAAUCCCAGAAUUUCUGGAGCACCUUGCCGGCCGUGUGCCUGCAACAACAACAUUGAUGUUACUGAUCCAGAGGCCUGCAGCCGAGUAACAGGGGAAUGCCUUAAAUGUCUGCACAACACUCAGGGGCCUAACUGCCAGCUUUGCAAACCGGGUCACUUUGGAUCAGCCCUCAAUCAAACCUGCCAAAGAUGCUCCUGUCAUCCUUCUGGCGUGAAUACCUCUGAGUGUCCCCCUAGCCAGGGAGCUUGCAUUUGUGACCCAGACUCUGGCACAUGCCCUUGUCUGCCCAACGUCACGGGGCGGACCUGUGACCAUUGCGCUGAUGGAUACUGGAACCUCAUCCCUGGCAGAGGAUGCCAACCAUGUGACUGUGACCCCCGGACCUCUCAUGGUAGCCACUGUGACCAGGUUACAGGCCAGUGUCCGUGUAAAUUGGGCUACAGUGGGAAACGCUGCAGUGAGUGCCAGGAAAAUUAUUACAGUGACCCACUCGGGCGAUGCAUCCCAUGUGACUGCAACAGGGAAGGUACCCAGAAGCCCAUCUGUGACCAGGACACUGGCAUGUGUCACUGCCGGGAAGGUGUCAGCGGCCAGCGGUGUGAUCACUGCGCACGGGGUCACGGCCAGGAAUUCCCUGCUUGUCUUCGGUGUCACUCAUGCUUUGAUCAAUGGGACCACACCAUUUCUUUCCUCUCUAGCACAGUGCAAGGGUUAAUUAGGCUGGCUGCUAACAUGCAAGAUAAAAGAGAGACCCUGCCCGUCUGUGAGGCUGACUUCAAAGGCCUUGGAGAGAACAUGUCUGAAAUAGAAAGGAUUUUAAAACAUCCUGUUUUCUCAUCUGGGGAAUUCUUAAAAGUCAAGGAUUAUCAUGACUCUGUUCGGAAACAAAUCAUGCAGCUUGGUGAACAACUGAAAACAGUAUAUGAAUUUCAAGAUCUGGAGGAAACAAUAGUGAAAAUGAGGAAUGAAUCAGACCUCUUACUUGAAAAUCUUCAGGAAGAAAUUGAUUUGUACUCCAGUGCCCGUAAUGCAAGCAUUGUGGAUUUCUCAGAGAACAUCAAGAAGUAUUAUCACAGAUCAUCAUCUGCUGAAAAAAGAAUUAGUGAAACUACUUCCAUCAUAAAUAACUCUGAGAAAACCAGGAUUGACUUACUUACCAUCUUAGAUACAUUAACCUCAAAAGAAAACUUGUCAUUGGAAAAAUUAAAACAGAUUAAGAUACCAGAUAUCCAAAUACUGAAGGAAAAGGUGUGUGGAGAACGAGGGGACCUGCCGUGUGUGCUCUCGUCAUGUGGUGGCCCAAGCUGUCAUGACUCCCUGCCCCUCUCGAGGAAUGCCCUUCAAAAAGCUCAAGAAGCAGAGUCCAUGAUUCAGAACUUGAGCAGCCAGGCUCCAGGUCUGAAAAAUCAGAUAAAAAAUAUAAGUAAACUGGCAGAAGUCUCCAAAAACAAUUCCUUACAGUUAAGUGAGAAACUGUGGAAUAUGAAAAACCGAAGUGAAUCUGAAGAAGAAAACAUGAAUCUUUUAAUCAAAAAACUGAAAAGGUUUCUGUUAGAGGAAAAUGUGCCUCCAGAGGAUAUAGAAAAGGUUGCAAAUCAUGUACUUGACAUCCACCUGCCAAUAACAUCUCAAAAUAUAACCCAUGAACUUGACAACAUACAGAAACUUAUGCAACUCUGUGAGGACUACAGGACAGAUGAGGACAAGCUAAAUAAAGCAGCAGAUAGAGCCCAGAAGAUUUUGGUGAAGGCAAAAGCAGCUGAAAAAGCAGCAAGUGUUCUACAGAAUCCUGAUGAAAUGUUGAAUAAGUGGCAACAAGUUGAAAUCACUCGAGGACGGGCAAAUUCUAACAUCACACAGCUGACUGCCGAGAUAACAAAAAUAAAAAAGAGCGCGCUGCAGACUGAAAAUAAAGCCCAGGAGACUGAGAAGGAACUGGACUUAGCAAAGCAACAGUCAGCGCUGGAGGAUGGACUUGCCCAGCUGCGGGUCAAGUUGCAAAGGAAUCAAGAGCAAGCCAUCCAUGUGGGAGCUCAGGCGGAGUCGGCCCAGCGCCAGGCUGGGGGCCUCGAGGAGGAGUUUGUUGAGCUGAAAAAUCAAUACUCUGUUCUUCAACAUAAGACCAGCGCGACAGGACUGACGAAGGAAACCUUAGGAAAAGUGAAACAGCUAAAAGAUGCAGCAGCAAAACUGGCUGGAGAUACAGAGGACAAGAUAAGAAGGAUAGCAGAUUUAGAAAAGAAGAUUCAAGAUUUGAAUCUAAGUAGACAAAAGAAAGCUGAUCAACUGAAACGGUUGGAGGAUAAAGUCAUUGCCAUUAAAAAUGAAAUUGUUGACCAAGAAAGUAAAUAUUCAAGCUGCUAG